AUGUUAUUUGUACAGAAUCCUGGAUGUUAUCCAGUAGAACUGGAGAGAGGUUCUCGAGGCUUUGGAUUUAGCCUUCGUGGAGGGAAAGAGUAUAAUAUGGGGCUAUUUAUUCUUCGACUUGCUGAGGAUGGGCCUGCCAUUAAAGAUGGGAGAAUUCAUGUUGGUGACCAGAUUGUUGAAAUCAAUGGGGAACCAACACAAGGAAUCACCCAUACUCGAGCCAUUGAAUUGAUUCAGUCUGGAGGAAAUAAAGUUCUUCUCCUUUUGCGACCAGGGACUGGAUUAAUACCAGAUCAUGGUGGUUUGGAUAGUUUUAAUCCAAUAUCCUCAAGUGUUACACACAGUGAACAGACUUCACUUCCCUCAUCAUCACAUUCUGCUUACACAUCUGAAGCAUCUCAUUUGCCAGAAUCAAAAGCUCUAAUGAAAAUUCAGAUGUCUGAGAAACUAGAAGAACUGAAGAACACUGUGCCUGAAAAGAAAAGCACUUUAAUGGAAAACCAUUUGGAGAUUAAGAAUGCAGUUUGUCCACAAAGGAAUAUGAACAAAUGGGACCACACUUUCAUUCCAGAUAGUAAAGUGAUGCACAGUUCUGCACAAUUAGCAUCGGGCAAUGCAGCCAGUAAAGGCAGAUCGGCUAGUCCCCAGAAAUUGAGCAAUAGUCCCUCCAGAGACCAUAAUCAAGUUCCAUGCGAUAGAUCUAAGAAAGAUGAAACUAAACAUGUUCAGAAGAAUUGCUUAGACCACUUGCAGAGUGCAAAAAGAAAUGAAAGUGGUAAUCUGGAAACCUUUGAAAAUGCUGAUAUUGGGAAAGUCCUGGCCAGGGGCAAAAGAGAUCAAUCUGUCAGUCCCCAAAAAUAUCCAAAGAGAGAGAGAAGCAGAGAAAAACUGAACAUAGACUUUCAAAGUAAAACAGCUACUGAUGAUACAAGUUCUAAUAGGCUGCUAAAAACUGAAAAGGUAAAAUUAGGAGUCAUGAAGGAAAUAAUAAAGCUGAAUUUAUCUGGGAAAAACACAAAAUGUCCUUCAGAGACACCCUAUGCCAAGGCCAGAGAGCAGUCUCUCUCACUUUCUAAGACUAAUCAGCCUGGAAAGAAAAUCUUGGAAGGUGAGAAUAUGAAAAGUUCUAAGCAAUUUGAAAUGUCAGGUCUUCCUGAUGAUUCACUAUUUUCUGUAGAUAAAAACUCUAGACUUGAAGCAGAUGAGCCUGUUUUCCUGAAAAAAUUCACAGAUAACUUGGAGCUAGCUGAUAAAACCAAAGACGAUGGGAUUUUCAAAUCUGAGAGCAGUUCUCCAGUAAAGAAAACAAUAGUUCCUGGACCUUGGAAGGUACCAAGUACAAGUCGAGUCACAAAAGCAAUGGGUUUGACUAACAAACGGGUUUGACUGACCAACUUUUUUAACAACAUAUUUUAAUCAAGUUUUUAAAUGUAGUCAUUAAACUUUUCCCCAGAAAACUCUUUUUUUUUUUUCAGACACUGUGAUUGACAGAAUGGAAAGUACAUUUGAUUUGAUCUUUUAUUAGGCUGCAUGAAGGACCUUUUUGGAUUGCAUAAGAGAAACUCUUCAAAAGCUGUUGUCCUUUUGUCUCCUUUGAAGAUGGUGUCCUGCUGCUCCUGAUGUUGCACUGCUAAGAUUUUCUGAUAGUAUUGUAUGUUAAUGAACAUUAUUUAAUGCCUAUUAUUAGUGGAUCAUAACUCACUACUUGUUCUUGUGCCAAGUUACCUACUGUAGCCCAUUGAAUCUUUUCCUGCAUUUUCCACUGCCACAGAAAAGGAUUUUGUUUAAAAUGGGUGUUUACUCAGGCAUGCUGCAUGUUUACAUAGGGAAUACUUCUAAAUUCUCACUGCUGAAGCAAAAGGUUAGGUGGGUGUAGUUCUCUUGAUUCUCUGGAGUCAGGAAGCCAACAUACACUCAGUUGCCAUCUUCACAAAUCUAUUCUUUCCUUCCCAAACUUCUCAAUCAGCAAAAUAACUGUAAAAAGGACAGUAGCCCUUUAUCAAUAAGUAUGUGAUUCCUUACUAUUUUAUUCUAUGUAA